UCGCCUUAUACUAUACUCUCUGCCGACAAGAUAUUAUUUUAAAUUGUAUGGCAGGUGGAUGAGGUGACGAAUUAAAGUGAAAGCGGCUGUUCGGAGAUGCUUCAGUCAGGAAAUGUAACGCACAAGAUGGAAGAAUGUCUGUCUGCCUGGCUCCAGGACUCCCCAGAUACAAGACCGACUCCAUCAUUGUCUUCUACCUCAGAGCCUGAGUCCUCCACGAUGGUGUUGCACCCGGCCCACUCCUCCAGGCUAAAGUAUGUGUCUCUGGGGGUCCUGGUGUUUCAGACCACCUCUCUGGUGCUCACCAUGCGGUACUCCCGCACCCUGAAGGAGGACGGCCCGCGCUACCUGGCCUCCUCCGCCGUGGUGUCGGCCGAGGUGCUCAAAAUCCUUGUCUGCACCCUCAUCGUAUUCAUGGAGAACAAUUUCAGCGUGCGGCUGCUGAAGGAGGAGAUUGUGAACAAGCCCGUGGAGACCCUGAAGCUGGCCAUUCCUGCGGGGAUCUACACACUGCAGAACAAUCUGCUCUAUGUUGCCUUGUCCAACCUGGACGCAGCCACGUAUCAGGUAACUCAUGAAUGA